CAGCCAAACAACUUCACAGUGAGUGAGCUAAGCUUUUCCUGGGCCUUGAUAAUGACUCUCAGUUCCAUUGCACAUAAGAGUCAUUGGACGAAGGCGUCUUCUCUGUAUAGGGUAGUUUUGCAAAUAGCCCUAUUGCGCUUGGUCUGAACAUUAAACCGCGUCACUUGCGGUAUGGUUUUGGAAGCAUAAUGACCUCGGCGAUUUACUUUUUCUUUUUUAGCACACCUCUAUGGGGCUAGUGCUCCCACACGGCCAUAUAACCAUGUUACAGCUCGUGUUUACGGAAAACAGACGGAAGACAGUCGACUACCUGCGCUAAUUAGCUAUCUGAAUCUCACCUGUGUGUAAAUAGAAGAUGGACGCCACAAACGCGUGUCACUGAAAAAUACUGUCAGCUGUAACUGUGUCUAAAAAAUACGAUCAAAACAGUGUACAGGUACAAACUAUAUUCGGUGUAGUGCUGCGGAUACAGCAGCCAUGACAGAGCUGGAGAUUGAUCACUCCCACCUGCCACGGGUCCAGGAAGUGUGCCAUGUUUUUGCUGUCCUGGAGGAUGGAGCAUUGGCACAAAACCUACAGGAACAGGAAAUUGAGCAGUACUACACCACCAACAUCCAGAAGAACCAGCUGGUGCAGAAUGACAUCCGCAUCGCCAAGAGGCUGCAGGAUGAGGAGGAGGAACAGAGAGCUCAGCACAGAGCCCUGAGCCAGGCGUCUAGACAACUUGAGGAACAGGAUUCGAAGUAUGCCCGGAUGAUCCAGGAGGAGAUCCAGAGAUGUGCUGAUGAGGCUCACAGGAGGGAGCAGGAGGAUGAGGUGAGCUGCAGAUGUCUUCUAAUUUGAUUUGAGGAGAAACUU